GAGUCCUCUCCCGCACAGAGUGAGUCCUCUCCCGCACAGAGAUCUUCCUCAGAGUGAGUCCUCUCCCGCACAGAGAUCUUCCUCAGAGUGAGUCCUCUCCCGCACAGAGAUCUUCCUCAGAGUGAGUCCUCUCCCGCACAGAGUGAGUCCUCUCCCGCACAGACGAUCUUCGGAGCUCCGGUCCAGCUGACACACAGAAACGAACCGGGACCCGGUGCCGCUGUCAGGCGCAGGUUUGACCUUUCCCCCGGUGUUUGUGGCUCCAUUGCGGUCUCUUCUCUUCACAUUGACCCUCCGGAUGUUUUUGCGGGAUGCUAACAUGUUCUGAUUCACCCCGCAAGCGAUGAAUGAAACGCGCACCGAGCGGACCGGGCCGACGGAGGUUCUGUUGACUUCGGGCUGCCGAGCCCCGCUGCUCGGGCUGGUCGGAGGAUGGAGCCGAGGCUGAGCGGGGAUGGCAAGCCGUCCGUGUGCUGGUUCUUCGGCCCGGCCCUCGUCCUCUCCGUCCUGGCCGUGGCGGUGAGCUGCCCCGGGACGUGCAGACACCGAGCGCCCGCUGCCAGCGAGGUUGUCCAUCAUGUGUACUUGAAGCCGGAGCGACUGACGAAGAGAAGCUCCCCCGACGACCUCCAGCUGAAGAUAAAGAUCAUCUACGACUACAGCCUCGACCAGCUUCCUGCAGACAAGAGGAGGCUGGUUAAGGAUAAGUUGUUUCCUCAGGCCAUCGACUACCUGCAGAGGGCCUUCAGUGUGAGGCGUCGGGUGGGGCCCGUGCUGCUCAGCAGACAAUGUGCCACCAACCAGUACCUGAGGAAGAGAGAUGACCCUCAUCGCUACUGCCAGGACGCCUGUGCAGACGUCACCCGGUGCGGCCCCGUCAUUGUACCACAGCACCACCUGCAGCAAUGUAAGGUGUGCAGUGAAUCGGGGAAGUCGUGCGGCCCCUUGGGGCCCCCGGACGGCCCCGGAGUGGAAGGGUCUGACUUCGUGCUGUACGUCAGCGGCAUCACGACGGAGCGCUGCGGGCAGGAGAACAUCGUGGCCUACGCCGCCUACUGCCAGCUGGAGGCGGAGCUGGACAGACCCAUAGCAGGCUAUGCCAACCUGUGUCCUGCUAUGAUCUCCUCUCAGCCGCAGGAGUUUGAAGGGAUGCUGUCCACCGUCAAACACGAGAUCAUUCACGCUCUGGGGUUUUCAGCGGGUCUGUUUGCCUUCUACCACGACGAUGACGGCAAACCUCUGACUCCUCGCUUCGCCAGCGGCCUGCCCGCAUUCAACGAGAGUCUGGGUUUGUACCAGUGGAGCGACGCUGUGAUCAGGAGGGUCAGCAGACUGUGGGACAUCAGAGGAGGAGUGAUGGUCCGACACCAAGUCCACGUUCUGGUCACGCCCCGCGUCGUGGAGGAGGCGCGGAGACAUUUCAACUGUCCCAUCUUGGAGGGAAUGGAGCUGGAGAACCAGGGCGGGACGGGAACCGAGCUGAACCACUGGGAGAAGAGACUGCUGGAGAACGAGGCGAUGACGGGCUCCCACACCCAGAACCGGGUGUUUUCUCGGCUGACGCUGGCCAUCAUGGAGGACAGCGGCUGGUACCGGGCCAACUACAGCCUGGCCCAGAGGCUGGACUGGGGCCGUGGACUCGGCUGCGACUUCGCGUUGAAGAGCUGCAAGUUCUGGAUGGACAGACAGAGGCAGAGACGACACGCUGUGACGCCGUACUGCGACACGGUGCGAGCGUCUCCUCUGCAGCUCACCUGCAGACAGGACCAGCUGGCUGUGGCCGUCUGCAACCUGCAGAAAUACCCGCAGGAGCUGCCGCUGGAGUACCAGUACUUCGACAGGAUCCCAGAGGUGGCGGCUGACCAGCUGUCGUUCUUCGGCGGCGCCGUUGAGAUCGCCGAUUACUGUCCCUUCAGUCAGGAGUUCAGUUGGCACCUCAGUGGAGAAUAUCAGAGGAACUCGUACUGCAGAGUGUCUGAGAACCAGCCAGACUGGUGGAGGAACUACGGGGCGGAGCAGUACGGACCGGACUCUGUGUGUCUGUACCAGAAGUCGGCGUUCGUGAUGGAGCAGUGCACCAAGAAGAUGACGUACCCCGACUGGGGCUCCGGCUGCUACAAGGUGUGGUGCUCGGCUCAGGGCCUGACGGUGUACGUUCAGGAUCGCUCCUUCCACUGCGUCCGCAAAGGGCAGCUGCUGAGCGUCAGCGUGCGGGUCAACGACUGGGUCUACAACGGCGUCCUGAUCUGCCCCGCCUGCACCGACUUCUGUGACGACUGCCCCCUCCCCCACCAGCUCCCGGCCCUCAACUCCUCCAGGAGCAACCCCAUCGACCCAUGCUCCGGCUCUCCCGGUCUGGCCGUCACUCUGUGGCUCCUGCUGCUCAACCUGCUCCCCCUGGUGGCCGGACUGCUGCUCUGCCACUGCAGCUGAUCUCUCACUCACACACACGCACACACACACACACACACACACACACUCACACACACACACACACACACACACACACACACACACUCCUCUUCCUCUUCAUCAUUCCUGAGUUCUCUGUCAUUCGUUCCUCAGGGCUUUUGCUCCUCAGUCGACUGACUCUUCGUCUCUUUGCUCCGUCAGGGAUCAACAAACACUCACUGUCGCUCUAUCAGAUUAAACUCCUCCUCUCCGCAGCGGGGGGGGCUGACCGCCGCCCGCCGCCACAGAGUCGUCACCUGGUGCUUACUGACAGGAAGUGGAUUGUCGUUAAGGUAUUAAAGACACACGUUUGUAUUAUUUUUAAUUAUUUUGGGGGCUUUUACCGCCUUUAUUACGCAGCAGCAGAGGAUCUGGACUCGAACCCGGGCCGCUGCAGCACGGACUCCCACCAGAGGAUUUAAAGCAACAAACACUGUUUUAUUUAGUUUUUUUUAUUGGUACUUUUAAGCUGAAAGGUCAGCGUACUUCCUGUAUGGAGCUGUGCAGUUUGGUGACACCUGGUGGCCGCACGACGCAACUGUUCAACCUUUUUAAAGUUUUACAGAGAAAACUAAAGAACUGUAAAUAUGAUUCUUUCCUAAAGAUGCAUUUUUAGAGGCGUUUAAAAUAAUCACUUCCUUCAAUCUGAGCAGAUUUCAGGAAGGCGAACGAGAUGGGUGAAAGGGAUUGUGGGUAUUUAUGUGAUAUUGAUGGUUGAUCAGCUU